AUGGACGAGAUGGAGGAAGAGCUGAAGUGCCCGGUGUGCGGCUCCUUCUUCCGGGAGCCCAUCAUCCUGCCCUGCUCCCACAACAUCUGCCAGGCGUGUGCCCGGAACAUCCUGGUGCAGACCCCGGACCUGGAGUCCCCCCAGAGCAGCCGGGCCUCCGGGUCCGGGGUCUCCGACUACGACUACCUGGACCUGGACAAGAUGAGCCUGUACAGCGAGGCGGACAGCGGCUACGGGUCCUACGGGGGCUUCGUGAGCGCGCCCACCACCCCGUGCCAGAAGUCCCCCAACGGGGUGCGGGUGUUCCCCCCCACUGUCCCGCAACCACCUCCACCCCCCCAGCACCAGCAGCAGCAGCACCACCACCUCCUCCCGCAGCCGGGCUCCCUGCCUCCGAUCCCCCGGAACUCCUGCAUCACCUGCCCGCAGUGCCACCGCAGCCUGAUCCUGGACGAGCGGGGUCUCCGCGGGUUCCCCAAGAACCGGGUCCUGGAGGGCGUGGUGGACCGGUACCAGCAGAGCAAGGCGGCGGCUCUGAAGUGCCAGCUGUGCGAGAAGAGCCCGAAGGAGGCGAGCGUGAUGUGCGAGCAGUGCGACGUGUUCUACUGCGACCCCUGCCGCCUGCGGUGCCACCCCCCCCGCGGCCCGCUGGCCAAGCACCGCCUGGUGCCGCCGGCGCAGGGUCGGGUCAGCCGGCGCACGACCCCCCGCAAGACCUCCACCUGCACGGAGCACGAGCUGGAGAACCUGAGCAUGUACUGUGUGCAGUGUAAGACCCCCGUGUGCUACCAGUGUCUGGAGGAGGGGCGGCACGGCACGCAUGAGGUCAAGGCCCUGGGAGCCAUGUGGAAACUGCACAAGGGUCAGCUGUCCCAGGCUCUCACCGGCCUGUCCGACCGAGCCAGUGAGGCCAAGGAGUUCCUGGUCCAGCUGAGAAACAUGGUGCAGCACAUCCAGGAGAACGGCGUGGAGUUCGAGGCGUGUCUGGUGGCUCAGUGCGACGCCCUCAUCGACGCCCUGAACCGACGCAAGGCCCAGCUGCUGUCCCGGGUCAACAAGGAGCACGAGCACAAGCUGAAGGUGGUCCGGGAUCAGAUCUCCCACUGUACGGUGAAGCUGCGUCAGACCACCGGGCUGAUGGAGUACUGUCUGGAGGUCAUCAAGGAGAACGACCCCAGCGGUUUCCUCCAGAUCUCGGAUGCUUUGAUCCGGAGGGUCCACAUGACGGAGAGUCAGUGGGGGAAGGGAACUCUCACCCCGAGGAUGAACAGCGACUUCGACCUCACCCUGGACAGCGGGCCGCUCCUGCAGACGAUCCACCAGCUGGACUUUGUGCAGAUGAAAGUCCCAGCUGCUCCGAUGCUCCAACUAGAGGAAUGCUGCACGCAGAACAACAGCGCCACGUUGUCAUGGAAACAGCCGCCGCUCUCCACCAUCACCGUGGACGGAUACAUCCUGGAGCUGGACGACGGGAACAUGGGGCCCUUCAGGGAAGUCUACGUGGGGACGGAGACCAUCUGCACAGUGGACGGGCUUCACUUCAACAGCAAGUACAAGGCCAGAGUGAAGGCCUUCAACGCCAGCGGUGUGGGACAGUACAGCAAGACCCUGAUCAUGCAGACGUCUGAGAGUACGUUAAGCACCAGCUCCUCCUCCCUCUUGUGCACAGUUGCUUGGUUCACCUUUGACCCGGCCUCCGCUCACCCGGACAUCAUCUUCUCCAACGACAACCUGACGGUGUCGUGCAACAGCUACGACGACAGAGUGGUCAUGGGGAACUCCGCCUUCUCCCGCGGCGUGCACUACUGGGAGAUGACCAUCGAUCGCUACGACAACCACCCCGACCCGGCCUUCGGGAUCGCCCGGGGCGACGUCUUGAAGGAUGUGAUGCUGGGGAAGGACGACAAGGCCUGGGCCAUGUACGUGGACAACAACCGCUCGUGGUUCAUGCACAACAAUUCACACACCAACAGGACGGAUGGCGGCAUCAGUAAAGGAGCUACGAUAGGAAUGCUGCUGGACUUCUCACGCAGGAUCCUCAUCUUCCUCAUCAACGACGAGCAGCAGGGUCCCGUGGCGUUCGAGGGGCUGGAGGGCGUCUACUACCCGGCAAUCAGCCUCAACCGAAACGUCCAGGUCACGCUGCACACUGGUCUACCCAUCCCUGAUUUCUACACCCCCGGGGAGGCCGAUCCGAAUGGCUCAGAAUGCUAA